AUGGAAUCGGAAUCUGGUCCUAUGAUGAAUAAUUUCAAUAUGUGUUUAUUUACAGAGGUGGGUACUCCUUUGCCUGUUUCUGAUGAGGAGGAGUUAAUGUACUUUGGAGGGGGAGUUAGUUUUAGGAUUAAAGUUGGUGAUGGAAGUCUUUUAAGGACUUAUCGCUACCAUUCAGAAUCUGGGAAAGUCUUUGUGACUAAUUUUAGGCUGAUUUACAUUCCAGAUGUGAUUCAGCCUUCUUUUUGUUCCUUCUUUGUAGCUGCUAGUUCUAUUAGGGAUAUUACUUCAGUAGAUAGUCAGCGGGUUAAGUUAGAUGUAGUCUUAGGGAAUGCAGAACGAGGGGUGUUGUUUUUGAACUUGAAGUACAAUUUACUAGAUACAUUCUUAGUCCAGCUUAAAGAUGCCUGGCAUCGGAUGCGAAGACUAGAAGAAUAG